AUGUACAGACAGAUCAACGUGCAUGAAGAUGACUGGAACUUACAACGGAUUCUCUGGCUCGACGAACUGCUCAAUGAAGUGGCCUAUUAUCUAACCAUGGUCACGUAUGGGACCAAGGCUGCCCCGUUCUUGGCAGUACGAACGCUGCUGCAACUGGUGGAGGACGAAGGCCAUAAUUUUCCCCUUGCAGUGCCGUUCAUCCUUCAAGGUCGAUACGUCGACGACAGCUUUGGAGGCGCUGACACUGUCCAGCAGUUAAUCAAAAUUGCAUUGCAGCUGAAGAACUUGUGCAUGGCGGGCGGUUUCCCAUUGGCCAAGUGGCACGCGACUCAUCCAGACGUGCUCACUGCGGUUCAAGCAGAGAAAGACCAGGGCUCACAAAUUACAUUUGACGAUUGCGCAGCCAAGAUACUCGGAUUACGAUGGCUUCCUCAAGAAGAUUCAUUCGCAUCCGCAACAAGGAUUUUGUCGCAUACCGAUCAUCUCACCAAACGCCUCGUUUUGUCUGAAGUGGCUCAGAUAUUCGAUCCACUAGGCUUUGCAUCACCAGUCGUGAUCAAGGCGAAGAUGCUCUUGCAGGAGCUUUGGCUUCAUAAGCUCCAAUGGGAUGAACCACUGCCAUCCCAGCUCUCAUCACGGUGGCUCAUCAUCAGAAAGGAACUCACUAGCUUGCGCAAGAUCUCAAUACCUCGGUGGUAUAACACAUGGAGUACAUCGUCAGUGGAAUUUCACGGCUUUUCUGAUGCUUCUCAACUGGCAAUGGCUGCAGUCGUAUUUAUCACCGUCCACGGCUCUAAUGGCGCCACGAUUUCAUUGGUGUGCUCCAAAACCAAAAUAGCACCGCUCAAGCGGCUCACCAUCCCGAGACUUGAACUCACCGCAGCACUGCUGCUCUCAAGACUCAUGCAAUACGUUCAAGCCACCUUGAAGUUGAACGUCACAGCAACUCACCUGUGGACGGACUCUGUUGUGACACUCACGUGGAUCAAAUCUCAUGCAUCGCGCUGGAAGGAUUUCGUGAGAAAUCGAGUUUCUCAAAUUCAAGAGCUCACUGCGAACGCACAUUGGAAAUACGUACCAGGUACGUCCAACCCGGCCGACUGCGCAUCACGAGGAUUAAGUACUGCUCAACUCCAAAGCCAUUCAUUAUGGUGGACGGGACCACCGUGGAUACUCACCCCUGAAGCUUGGCCAUCACAACCCUCGCUUUCGGACGAGUUGAGCGCUCAUGAGGCUCGUCCUGGCAUUGCGCUACAUGCGGCCGCAUCUCAACCAGACUAUCAUUGGGACCUGAUAUAUAGGUACUCAACUCUCAAUAAAUUAUUGAAAAUAACAGCUCUUUGUUUCAGAUUCAUAUCGCUUCUGGGAAAGUGCCGAUGCAAGCCACUGGACUUGCACUCAGCUUUGGAGGAGGCCAGAUUAUUCUGGAUUAAGGCUACUCAAGCGGCAUACUUCACGCACGAGAUCAAGAUGCCAACUCGAAACUACCAACUGCUCACGCAUUCAGUCGAUUGA